AUGGCGGGAUGUCUUCCUUCAUUCAAGAAGAAGCGGAAGCCGGACCCUGCUGCCGACGAGAAGAAAGAGGAGAAGGAAGAAUUCAAGAGCGACCGAGUUGAGAAUGCUGACGCAGGUGCACAGCCAAAGAACGAGGGCGAGGAAACGAAGGAGUCGAGCGAUCCGAGGGAAGCGAGUGUGAAGACUCUGAGCAACGAGAACGAAAGCGACAAGGAGAGAGCUGAGAAAGAGAGCGACGAGGAGAGCGUUAGCGCCAAAUCUGAUUCGGAGACGGAAAAGGAAGAGAGUCAAGAUGAGCGCGCCGAUUCCGACGCGAGCUCCGAUACCGACGUCGAGCGACGCGAGCCUGAAGCAAUGAAGGCUGUCAAAAAGCGAGAGAGCAAACGCGCUGAGUCGAAGGCGACUCUAAGGGAGGUGGUGUCGAGGUCGGAUACGUCGGUCUCGGCUGCUUCCUACGCAUCGCAGAAAUCCAAAUCCUCGACUCUGCAGGAAGCGGGUACCACGUCGGAGUCGGCCCUCAGUCACCGCUCAGCGCAGGCUUCGGUGCAUGCAGACCCGAACGAAUUGAAGCAGAGAAUCGAGGUGUUAACGAAGGAGCGAGACGAGGCGGUCCAGCUCCACCAGUCCGUGAGCGCGGAGCUCGAGCAAGCCAGGAAGACCAACGCGAGUCUCGUCCAAGAGCUCGACCAGGAAAAACAGAAAGUGCAAGACCUAGAGUCUGCACUGGCGGCCGCGACAGCCGCCGCCACCUCGGCAACGAAUCUCGACCCCGAAACCGAGAACCUGUCAACCAUGGACUCCGCUGCUGUGCCGCGGGAAGCGGAAACAGACGAAAAUGGGGAAAUAGAGAAAUCCACGCCUCCUGCAGCGGUGGCAGGCUCGUUCUCCCGCCACUCCUCAAAAGCCGCAGCCCAUAAUCUGCUUCCAGAAUUUGAGCCUGUGGAAACGUUCACUCGAAGCUUCUCUCCGGCACCGGUCGCCGACACUGCCGUGCCAACUGCGGAGGAGCGGCAGGAGGCCGAAGAAGAGCUGAAGAAAGUCACGGCAGAGAGAGACGCUCUUGCAAAGCAACUGGAGAGUGCCGCCGACUUCUACACUUCCCACAUUCAACGCGUGACAGACAUCUACAACCGCGUUGUUGCAAGAGCCCAGGCAGCAGAGAGGAAGAAGAACAAGUAUGCGGAGAAGCUAGCAGAACUCAUGAUGACGCAAGGGGCUGACGACGAAGAGGUUCGGAACCUGCAGCCGCCGCGUCCGCUAUCGGCUGACAGAAGCGAGCUAGAGGCUCUCCGUGUUCAGAAACAAGAACUGGAAGACCGCGUGGGCGCCCUCAUUGAUCGGUGCUAUUUGCUUCAGCAGGAGCUGGCAAAUGCUCAGAAAUGCAGCGCCGUACCACAGUCGGAGCCGUUAAGCCGGCGGAGCACGCUGCCUAGCCAGCAAGAGCCGUCUCGACAAAGUACUCUCUUUUUGUCUCGCAAGUCAUCUGCCUUAACAGCUCAAACAGUGGCUCAUUUGGAACAAAGACUUCCAAGUGCCACGAGUACCGACCCGCAGCUUCUUUCUCAAGCGGCGGAGCGUGAGCCGACACACCGCGCUGAGCUGCUUCCCCGCGACAGCAUGUACGAGUAUCCCAGGCUUCUCUUUGAACGUGAAGAUGAGAUGCCAGAUGGCAGUGCAUCUCCCGGAUCCAAAGAGGAGACAAUGAGCAUGUCCUCGCGUCUAGGAACGUUACGGCUCGAUUUUGGCGACAAAGAGGAGGAGCGUGCACCUCUUCGUCAAGCGACUUCGCGAGUCACGUUCUCAGUUUUAUCCGGACAAGGGGGGCGCCCAAGCCCGCGAGAGAGCCUGAUAUCCCUGUCGUCAGACAUGUUUGCUGAGCCUGAAAGCGGAUCAGUGUAUAAGGAGAGAAGUCUGCGAACUAUUCCCGAGGAGGGAGGAAAGCCGGAGGCUGAGAUCACUCCGAAACAAAGCAUGAUGUCUCUACCUCCAGAUAUGUUUGCCGAGCCUGAAUCAAAACCAGCAAGUAGAGUCACAAGUCUGCGCUCAAUUCCCGAAGAGGGAACGAAGCCGGAGGCUGAGAUCACUCCGAAACAAAGCAUGAUGUCUCUACCGCCAGAGAUGUUUCCUGAGCUGGAAUCAAAGCCAACAAGUAGGGCCGCAAGUCUGCGUGCGCGCGCUGAAGAGGGGGAGAAGCGGGCAGUCGACCUACGAGCACUUGAACGGACUUUAAGCGAGAAAGGCAUCGAAAGCUUCCUGACUCAGGAGGACACCGACGAAGAUAACAGCGUCCUGAGCAGUUUCUCACGGCGAAGCGGCCUGGAGUCACAUUCUUUCGGGAGGACGCCUACUAGAACCUUUCCGAGUGAUGGGGCGCCCGUUCUGGUGACGGCGCAGUGCUGCGGGAAGUCAGUGAAGAAAUCGGAUUUACGGAACAUGGAAAACUGUGGGUGCAGUGUGUGUCGGAAAUGUCUGAAGGUGGCGCUGAUUUCCUCGAAAGAGGAUAUUCGAAAUUUUAUGGGAACUGAUCCAGUCAGUGGCAGCCCGCAAUGGAAAAUUCGUUGCCCCAGGUGUACGCGACCACAAAUUGUUUCACCGAAAACGUCGCAUCGUCGUAGUUUUCCUGCAUGA